UAAAUACCUCACUCUCUCACGAGAAAACGUCACCGAUUACUCAAAUAGCAAUUUCGUACAAGACCAAUAGCAAAACGACAGCGUAAUUUGCACACGCCAUUUCUUCUCUCCGUUUUGGUUCUCAUUUUACAUGCUUUUCUCGCUCUCUCGCUAUAUCACAAUACUCUGAUCUGCAAUUCGGAUCCACCCAAAAAUAUCAAUCUCGAUACUUGUGUGCAUGUAGAAGGAUCUUUGUAAUUGAAUACUUUCAGAUCUCAAAUUUCGAUGGAAAUGGCUUCGGUCUCUUCCAGUCCGCGAUCUGUAGAAGAGAUCUUCAAAGAACACAGCAGUCGACGAGCCGGCAUAGUUCGUGCUUUAACUUACGAUGUGGAUCAAUUCUAUGGACUCUGUGAUCCAGAGAAGGAGAAUUUGUGUCUUUAUGGACAUCCAAAUGAAACUUGGGAAGUCAAUCUUCCUGCGGAGGAAGUUCCUCCUGAGCUUCCUGAACCGGCUCUUGGGAUCAAUUUUGCUAGGGAUGGCAUGGAUCGUAGAGAUUGGCUUUCGCUGGUCGCUGUUCACAGUGAUUGUUGGUUGCUUUCUGUGGCUUUCUAUCUUGGUGCCCGGCUUAACCGCAAUGAAAGGAAGCGCCUAUUUAGCUUGAUCAAUGAUCUGCCCACCGUAUUUGAAGUUGUGACGGACAGGAAGAGUGUAAAGGACAAGCCUAGCGCUGAUAGUGGAAACAAAUCUAGGGGCAGCACUAAGAGAUCUAGUGAUGGACAGGUGAAAACCAACCCCAAGUUGGCAGAUGAAAGUUAUGAGGAAGAAGAAGAUGAACAUAGUGAAACCCUAUGUGGGAGCUGUGGCGGGAAUUACAGUGCAGACGAGUUUUGGAUUGGGUGUGACAUCUGUGAGAGGUGGUUCCACGGAAAGUGCGUGAAGAUAACACCUGCCAAAGCUGAGAACAUAAAACAAUACAAAUGCCCAUCUUGCAGCAUGAAGCGGAACAGGCAGUAGUAGUCACUGUAACCUACAAAGGGAGAGGGGGGAGGGGGGAUACAGUUGAUUUGGUGACUAACAAAGUAGUACAGCAGUAUUACAUUUUCUGUGUUUGCAAUGACUAUGUUGUCGUGAUGGUUGUUUAUACUAUACCAUAAGCUGUUGAUGAGGUUGAUGUUUGGCUUCUUCCUAUCAUCAAGUCCUUACUUGAAUGCUGUGCUUAUGUUUAUGAAAUACUUAAUUUAUUUUAGUUGCUUCUAUAUUUUUAUCAAUUGCCAUGAAGCCUUCUCUG